GAGCCAUCGCUCCAGAUUUCACAUUAACCACACAUUAACUGACUUGGCUCCAUCAUUCUGUUCCAUGGUUUUUGUUUAUUCAUUUCAUAUAGAAAAUAAUUCCAUUCCUUAAAUACAACAUUUUUUCCUCAAUAGUUUUUGAUCAUUAUAAACCUCACACAAGUGGAAAAAUUGCAGUGGUCCGAAGUGAAGUGUGAAAUUAGUUUUUUGGAAUUAACCUCUCCACGAAUCGUAAUAUUUUUUCUCAGAGGAUUCUUAGAAAACCACAAUGAUCAAUUCUACUGAUCCAAGACGUCCUGAUAGGGAGAUACGCUAUAAACAGUCAGUAACCAGUACUCAGGCACAGCCUGGUGAUGAUUUGACACCAGAUUACAUGAAUAUUCUCGGAAUGGUAUUCAGCAUGUGUGGCCUUAUGAUGAGGCUCAAAUGGUCAUCCUGGGCUGCUCUUUACUGUUCUUGCAUAAGUUUUGCCAAUUCCCGUGCCAGCGAGGAUACCAAACAAAUACUUAGUAGUUUCAUGCUAUCGACAUCUGCAGUCGUAAUGUGUUAUUUACAAAAUCCACAGCCAAUGACUCCGCCUUGGGCUUCUGCGAUGCAAUAAACGUUGAAAGUAGAACUUCCAGCCAACGAUACAUUUAAUUAAUAAUAAUGCGGUUUCAUUCUUCAGAGUGUGACUUGCAAAUCUACAAUAAUAUUCAAACAGAGAAAUUUAACGAAUGGGUAUUAAAAUUUCCUAAAAAUGCAAUGUUUUUCAGAACAAAUCAACCAUUUUCUAAUACUUUUCUACUAGUGCAUAACUUUCAAAUUGAAACGUAUCAUGAACAAAGUUGAAGAAUAUUUAAUCUCGAAUUUGAGAAAUCAAUUGACCUAAAUAGAGAAUAACGAAUGGAGGUGUAAUUUUGAGUAUCUACGAUAAUGUUUAGAGAAUUCAAUCAUUGUGUAAAAAAUAAAAUAUAUAUGUGGUAACGCAUUGAA